GUCUUGAAGUAAGCAGCGAUUAUUCUGUGGGAUGAGUGUACAAUGGCCAAAAAAAAAUCGCUCGAAGCAUUGGAUCGAACUAUGAAAGAUUUACGCGGAAAUCAACAGCGGUUUGGUGGUGCCUUGAUAUUGUUAUCAGGUGAUUUUCGACAAACAUUGCCAGUUCCUUCUCGAUCAACUCCUGCCGAUGAAAUAAAUGCAUGUCUGAAAUCUUCUGCUCUCUGGAGAUUUGUGAAAAAAUUGGCGUUGAAUGUCAAUAUGUGUAUCCUAUUACAAGACGACUCAUCUGCACAUCAGUUUUCGGAACAAUUGUUGGAUAUCGGAAAUGGAAUAAUGCAAAUCGACAAUACAAAUGGAAUGAUCACCUUGCCCGAAAAUUUUUGUACAAUUUUGCAAACAAAAGAAGAAUUGGUCGAAUGCGUUUUCCCAAAUAUCAUUCAGAAUCGCAGAAGCCAUGAUUGGUUAGCAGAACGUUCAAUAAUGGCACCGAAGAAUAUACACGUCAAUGCAAUGAACUUCAAAAUUCAAGAAAAAUUGCCAGGUGAAGUCAUAACUUAUAAAUCCAUUGACAGCGUUAUGGAUGAAGAUGAAGCUGUGAAUUAUCCAAUUGAAUUUCUGAAUUCAUUGGAACCAGCUGGUACACCGCCACAUCUUUUGAAUUUAAAGACAUGCCAUUCAAUUUCAAACGUCUGCAAUUUCCGGUGCGUUUAUCAUUUGCCAAGACUAUAAACAAAGCAAAAGGACAAACAUUUCAAAUAUGCGGAGUAAAUUUGGAAGAAUCGUGUUUUUCACAUGGGCAAUUAUAUGUUGCAUGUUCGAGAGUCAGUACUACACAUCGUUUAUUCAUUCAUGCACCGGACAGUAAAACUAAGAACGUUGUUUAUCAAAAUGUUUUAGAUUAGAGCUCGAAUUUUUGAGA